GAGCAACGGUCGUCUCUUUCAUCAUAUGGAGAAAUCAACGCCCUUUCAAAAGGAACUUUCUUUUCUUUCUCUCUUUCUCUUCUCUCUCUCUCUGUCUCUCUAAGAUUUAAAAGAAUUGAAUCCCUUUUUCCCCUCUCUUUUUCAGUGUAUUUGAUUACCACUUCUCUUUUCAUUUCAACUCUUACCCUUUAUCAAUGGAACUUGAUGAGUGGCAAGAUCCACUUCUUAUUACAGACGUUUCUUCCCAACAACAAGAAGAGCAACAACUAUUACUAAUUAACUCUCACAAAUACUACCCGUUUUCGUCAUUGGAUGUUUCAAAAAAUACACUGAUGGGACUGGAAGAUUCUACUAGCUGUACCCCCAUCAAGAUUGAAGAAAGGAGUAAUGCUGAAAUUUUCAAGGACCCAGUUGCAGAAAGUGUAAUUAGUGAUGGGAAAUUCAUAAAAGUAACAUUGAUGGAAGAUUCUAAUUACUGUACUCCAAUCAAGAUUGAAGAAGGGAGUAAUGCUGAAAAUUUCAAGGAUCCAGUUGCAGAAAGUGUAAUUAAUGGUAGAGACAUGUUGGGAUUUUCAUUAACAUCUCCUGAUUUAGUGAUCUGUACUGGAUCACCGGAUAUUCCACGACGAAGCUAUGGAGAUUCACCCGAAUUUCUGAAGGGUUGCUCCAUUUCUCUAGAAAAUGGAAUUAAGGGAUCUGAGCAGCCCCCAGUUAUUACAAAGGAUGAAGAUUUGUGCCAGCAUUUUGAGCUUCCUUCUCUUUCAGUGCCUAUAGUUAGCAUCGGUUCUGAGAGUGGCAUUCAAUUCUCAGACGAUAAAUAUUCUCCGGAAAACAACGCACCGGAGGUAGAUCAGAGGCUUCAAUUAACAAAAGUGAGUCGGGAAAAGGAACUGAAAGAAGCAAAGAGGCCAGUGGAGGAACUUAAAAGGGAGAAUGAACAAAAAUGCAAAGAAUGUGCUGAAGCUUGGAAGUCCUUAAAGGAGCUUCAGAAUGAGCUCAUGCGCAAGUCAAUGCACGUUGGAUCACUCGCUUUUGCAAUUGAGGGCCAAGUGAAAGAAAAGAGCAGAUGGUUUUCAUCCUUGCGAGAUCUUACGAGGAAAUUGAAGAUUCUGAAAAUGAAUCAAAUUAAAGUAUCUGAAGAAGCUUUAUUAUAUAAGCAGCAAUUACUAGCAGAUUUUGCAGACAUGAGCUCUACCAUUCAGUCCAAAUUAAAGGAACAAGUUGAAUUGCAUGAAGAUCUCAAGAUCAAGUUCGUCAAGGGUGCUAAGGAACAGAAAGAACUUUAUAACAAGGUUUUGGAUUUAAAAGGGAACAUUAGGGUCUUUUGCCGGUGCAGGCCUUUGAAUGCCGAAGAGACAGCUGCAGGAGCUUCAAUGGCGAUUGACUUUGAAGCUGCAAAGGAUGGGGAACUCACUGUGAAGUCUAACGGCAUGUCUAAAAAGACCUACAAGUUUGAUGCCAUUUUUAGCCCCCAAGCCGACCAAGCUGAAGUUUUUGAGGACACUGCUCCCCUGGCAACCUCAGUUCUAGAUGGGUACAAUGCCUGCAUAUUUGCCUAUGGCCAGACUGGUACUGGCAAGACAUUUACGAUGGAGGGCACAGAAGAAGCUCGAGGGGUCAAUUACCGGACUCUUGAGGAGCUAUUUCGCAUUAUUGACGAGCGAAAGAACACAGUUCAUUACGAAAUAUCAGUAAGCGUCUUGGAAGUAUACAAUGAGCAGAUCCGAGAUUUGCUAGUUUCAGGAUCUCAACAAGGCGUGAAAAGGCUUGAAAUAAAGCAAGUUGGAGAAGGAAUGCAUCAUGUCCCCGGACUAGUUGAGGCCCACGUGAAUAAUAUGACUGAGGUUUGGGAAGCCUUACAAACUGGUAGCAAUGCGAGGGCAGUUGGAUCAACCAAUGCAAAUGAGCACAGCAGCCGAUCACAUUGUAUACUUUGUGUAAUGGUAAAGGGAGAGAAUUUGCUAAAUGGGGAAUGCACAAGAAGCAAACUUUGGCUAAUUGAUCUAGCUGGAAGUGAGAGGAUAGCAAAGACAGAAGUACAGGGUGAAAGGCUAAAAGAAACCCAAAAUAUAAACAGAUCUCUAUCUGCCCUUGGAGAUGUGAUAUCUUCACUUGCAACAAAGAGCUCGCAUAUUCCAUUCCGGAACUCGAAGCUUACUCAUUUGCUCCAAGACUCACUAGGAGGGGAUUCAAAGACGUUGAUGUUUGUUCAGAUCAGUCCAAAUGAGAAUGACUUGAGUGAGACUCUUUGCUCAUUAAAUUUUGCAAGUCGAGUUCGAGGUAUAGAGCUAGGUCCAGCAAAGAAGCAAGUGGAUAGUAUGGAGCUCCUGAAAUACAAACAGAUGGUUGAAAAGGGCAAACAAGAUAUGAAAAACAAAGAUUUUCAGAUGAAAAAGAUGGAGGAUACAAUUCAUGGUUUGGAUGCUAAGUUGAAAGAAAAGGAUAUGAAAAACAAAAACCUUCAGGACAAGAUUAAAGAACUAGAAUCACAGCUGCUUGUAGAGAGAAAACUUGCUCGACAACACGUGAACUCUAAAAUUGCUGAACAAUUUCAGCAACAGCUUAUUGGACAACAGAAUGAGGAGCAAGAAGCUGCACCGACGAGGCCACCAUUUGCCAACAAAAUUUCUGCUCAAAAGACUUGUGAUGAAAAUAAGUAUCCACCACUUAAUACUACUCGACCGCUUACUGAGAACAAUUUCCACAAACUCUCUAUGGCUUCUGCUACUGUGGAUUGUCCGUUUAAGCAGAAUAACCUGUCAGAAAAAGAAAACAAGGAAAACAAUCCAGAUAUUGAUGAAAAAUUAGUUGUUCCGAAGAGGACUGGGCGAGCUUCUAUGUGCCCGAUUGCAAACAGGAUUUUGCCUAAACCUGCUCCACGCCGUAACUCUCUGGUUCCACUGCGCUAUGUAGCACCUGUAACCAAGUUUACUCCUUCACUUUUACCAUUGAGAUCAAUACAAGCGGAGGAGACGGAAGAUGCUGAGGGGGUCGAUUCAAAUUGCUUACCUGAACCAACACCACAGUGUAGUCCUAAAGAGCUUAAGAGUGUGAGCAAGAAGCUCAACAGUGUCUUGAGACGAAGCCUUCAGAAGAAAAUGCAGUUCAAGUCUCCACUGCAGCAGUACAUAAGAAGAGUUGGCGUGAAUGUGGGCGCGGAGAAAGUUAGGGUCUCCAUUGGUAGCAGAGGAAGGAUGGCUCACAGGAUGUUGCUUGGUAAUGCGAUAAGAGUUCCAAAAGAAAAUCAGCAGAAGCAAAGAUGGAAUACUGGAACAGUUGCAAGAGCAGUUCUAUGAUUCUGUUUCUUUACUUCCUUUCUUCUUGGUUUCUGGUCAGAACAAGGGCUAUGCUUCUUCCUUGCACACGCAGCAACACGUAGCGAAAACAAAACAAAAAAAAAAUAUAAGAAAGAAAUGGCUUUUGAUUCAUUGGAUGAUGCUUAUCAUCUGCUGAAAGUAUUUUGGAAUUGUUUCAUUGGUGUAAAUGCUUAAAAGAUUGGUGUAAAUGCUUGAAAGAUUUCUUAUGCAUGGAUCAUUUGGACAAGGCAUGAUUUUUCAUUAAUGCAUGCAACUCACAUUGCUAACA